AAUGACCACAAUAUCAGUUGGUGUUUCAAAAACAAACUAUCAAUUAUUGGACUUCAGCCAUGAAAAUCCUUUUCGUUUCGUUCUUGGCCAUUGCCUUGGCAGUCUGUGUCUUUGGCCAGUCUUCCGAUGAGACUUUUGUUGAUAUGGAACCUUCAAUUCCUGAAUUCUAUCCAGAAGCACGAAUUACCAAUGGCAAACCAGUCAGUAUUAACGACCAUCCAUACCAAGUUGGUUUAAAUGUGAAUGGCGGUUGGUGCGGUGGAUCAUUGAUUUCACCAACUUUUGUUCUCACUGCUGCUCAUUGUGUUGAUGGAAUUGGAGCUGGAAGUAUUACCGUUUUCAUGGGUAGUGCACAAAGACAAGGAGGUACUCGUAGGGCUGCCAAACGUACUAUCGUUCAUUCCGGUUGGAAUAGAUAUACUCUGUUGAAUGAUAUCGCCUUGAUCCAAAUUGAUGCUGUCAGCUAUUCGAAUACAAUUAAACCUGUUGCUCUACCACCAAUUUCAAGCUCCUAUUCCACAUACAAUGGCAACUCUGUCAUCGCUACUGGAUGGGGAAAGACAAGUGAUUCAAGUUCUGUUGCAAGUACCCUUCAAGGUGCAACAAUGACUGUUAUCACCAAUUCUGCUUGUUCAAAUACCUAUGGAUCAACUAUUAAGGCAUCAAACGUUUGCGUUUCUACUCCUGGUGGAGUUUCUACAUGCAAUGGUGAUUCUGGUGGUCCACUUGUUCUUAAGAGCAAUAAGGUUUUGAUUGGUCUUACAUCUUUCGGUUCAUCGGCCGGUUGCACUAAAGGCUUGCCAGCUGCCUUCACACGUGUUACCAGCUACAGGCAAUGGAUUAAGGACAAUGCCAAGGUUUAAAUGAUUUUGUCUGAUUUAUUUAUUAAUAAAAUAUUGGUUUGGAAAUAACCAAAUGUAGCACAUUCAAAACA